AUGGCGGUUUUCCUCCCUAGCUGGACUGGGUCUAGUCUCGCUCUGGCUGCUUCGCUACCUCAGCAGCUCAACGUCGAGAGGAGGAUCACUAUGUUCUCGGACGAAAACGCGCUGGAACGCAGGAUCGUCUGGAACCCUGAGAUUACGCAGCCCAACCGCCGAACGCUUUGGAACAGAAAUACGACGGCGACCAUAUCAUGGAACGCAAGUGCCAUACCUAAAGGCGCUUACGAACAGAAAGGCAAGGUAGUGCUUGGUUGGUUGAACCCGAAUCUAGGCGGGGGCGAACAUCUUAACAUAGAACAUCCACUUGCUCAUGGGUUUAACCUGAGAGACGGCCGCGUCCAGAUCACUGUGCCGCAGGUGGCGCCGCGCGAUGACUACAUCGUUGUCCUGUUUGGCGAUUCUGGGAAUGCCAGUCCGAACUUCAGCAUAGUCUGA